AUGGCAUUGACAAGCCGAAUUUCCCUCAAAGGAAGUGAACCAGCUGGGCCUGAGGAUUUCUUGUCCACUUCGCUGGGUGUCAUUUUCCCAGAUGACGUGACCAACCAACAUGGCGACGAUGAACAUAGCCUCAUCUAUGCUUCGCCAUACCUUCCCAAGCCUUUGCAUAUCGAGCUCACAGAACCCGUUGGUGACACAGAACGCAGGCUAUUUAGCCACUACCUGUGGAAUUCGAGUUUGUUGCUGGCCGAGCUGAUUGAGAGAGAUACAUUGGGUGUAUUAGAUGCUGAUCGAGAUGAUUCCACCAAGGCAACAACACUUGGGAGCGGUGUGAGCUUCGACAUCCGGGGCAAGUCCAUCAUGGAACUGGGAGCCGGCACGGCACUUCCCAGCAUGAUGGCGGGAUUGCUAGGCGCAGAACGCAUCGCAGCGACCGACUAUCCAGCUGCCGGGGUGAUGAAGACGCUACAGGAGAACAUCGCCCGCAACAUCCAGCCGGAACUCUCCCCAGAGGCAAGCCAAACGACACCAAAAUCAUCCAUUGUGAUAAGAGGGCACUCCUGGGGAGACCUGGCCGCCUCGGAUCCCUUCUGCGAAUCAAAUCGUCAUGCCUUUGAUCGCGUCAUUGCCGCCGACUGCCUCUGGAUGCCCUGGCAGCACGAGAAUCUCCACAAGUCCAUAGACCACUUCCUCAAAGACGAUGGCGACGCACGCUGCUGGAUAGUUGCCGGAUUCCACACGGGCCGUGAGAAGAUGAAGGACUUCUUUACGGAGAAAGCGCUUGGACAAGUUGGCCUCAAGGUAGAGAGGAUCUGGGAGAGAGACUGCGACGGACAAGAAAGAGAAUGGUCAUGGGAUAGGGAUGAAGAUGUAACCGUACGGAAGCGAUGGCUCGUUGUAUCGGAGCUGAGGAGAACAGAACGCCAGGCAUAA